AUGGAAGCUCCGUCGGAAGACCCGCACAAUGAGAUGUUGAAAUAUGUGUUACCGUUGCGUCGAUUUAUUCGCCCCUCGCUCUUCUGCAGCCAUCACACACCAUCUCGAAUCUCAACGUUUACAACUUUAUCUUGUAAUAACUUACAUCUAUCUUAUCAAAGAGAUUACGACGAAUUACUGGAUACACAUAUGCUACUCGGCCGAGGUUCCAUGCAUGUCUUUUCCUGCGAACAAUUUCAAAAAUUGAUGGCAGCGAGCGGCUUUAGAGGGCCGUGGCACUCGUUGGUGGAUUUAGGAGCAGGUGACGGUGCCACUACUGCUCAUGUAGCCCACCUCUUUGAAAAAGUUUACGCCACAGACAUAUCAACACCGAUGAGAUGGGCCCUGGCGAAAAAGAAGUUCACAGUGCUGGAUGUAGAGAAAUGGUACGAAAGCGGCCCCUUCGACGUGAUUCUCUGCCUGAAUCUGUUGGAUCGUUGCGAUCGACCUAACACCUUACUACGACGUCUGAGGUCGUCUUUAGCUCCAGGUGGUCGCCUGGUCGUAGCACUGGUUCUCCCCUUUAGUCCUUACGUGGAAGUUGGUGAAAGGGGUGACCACAAGCCAUCGGAAUAUCUACCAGUUAAAGGGAACGGCCUAGAAGGUCAAAUAGCCAGCCUCGUCGACAGAGUUUUCGCGCCAUUAAGCCUAAGAUGCCUCGUAUGGAGUAAAUUACCAUACCUGUGCGAGGGUGAUCUCGGCCAAGCUUAUUACUUUCUUGACGACGUGGUAUUCGUUCUAGAGGCACAGCCAGAUAGCUCGCGAUACUCAGCAUCCGGAUGGAUGGAUACGGAACCGUCUGGCAGAGAAUUCCGCAACGUGCUGGUCCAACAACAGGCUGGUUACGAACGGAAAUGUAAUACAGGCAAGUCACAC